AUGAGUGCCUCGCCGCGCAGCUCAACAACAGCGUCCGUUCCCCCCCCCCCCCCUCACUCUCUCUUGUACCGACCCAGAAUCUUGAAAACUGAUGCUGGAUCUGUGUCUUCGCUGUCCUCCUUCGUCCUUGGUGUCCCGUUGUGCAACAACCUGCCCCCGCUGUGGAUCAUGCCAAUUAGGCGCUCACCUCCGCCAUCCGCUCUGCGCUGCCCGCCUGGAACAUGCAAUUCUUCGAGGUCUUCUUCCCGGGAGCAUCAACUCGCUCCUGCUCGGCGGGAUUAUCCCACACGCCGCUGCGUUCGCACUGCCCGAGUUCGCUCGCAAACCUGCUCGUACUAUCUUCUCCGACGCCCCGAAUACCAAGUGACAGUCGCUUCAUUGAACCUCUGGAAAGCCGAGCGAUUCGCCACUGACUUGCCCCGGGAAGUCAAGUGCAUCUCCCUCGAUCUCAACAACGCGGAGGCUUUAGACAAAGCGGUUUCCGAGCAUGAUUUGAUCAUCUCCCUUGUACCCUACAUGCAUCAUGCCAAAAUCAUCAAUAGCGCCAUUGAGUUCAAGAAGAACGUUGUUACUACAAGCUAUGUCAGUCCUGCUAUGCAAGCGCCUGAUGACGAACCCAAGAAGGCUGGUAUCAUUGGCUUGAACAAGAUUGGCUUGGACUCUGGAAUCAAUCACCUUUAA